UUUCAUUAUUUUAAUGAUUUUGAUGCAUUUGUUUUUCAUGUUUACAGGCCGUUAAUAAGAAUUAACGAGAAAAGACUCAUUAAACAAUCCCUAAAUCAUUACCUUCAACUGAAGUAAUCAAUUAUAUUUCUGAAUUAAAUUAAAGGAACUCAUCAUUUUGCUUUAAAAUGGUAAAAUAUGACUGAUAGACCCAAUUACAGUGUUGGUAGUUGGUAUAAAUGUUAAUGUCAGGUUUACACCACUUAAGACAUUUAAUACUGACACAAAGAAGAGAAAGACAAGGGCGUUAUUUCUUACUCGCGAGGAGAACGGACAGAGAUAUGCUCAGUUACAAUCUCCAACCCGCUCUGAGCAGAUUCCACCGUCUCCUCUCUUUUUAUUAUCACAUAAGGCAUUCCAAGCAUUCUUUAGUUACAAGUCAUUGCUUAUCUUAAAGAACUGAGAAUAAAACAAAGGUAAUAUGAUGGGUGUCUGAUGAUGCAUUGUUCAAAUGUUCAUCCCAUGAUGUAGGAGUAGAGCAGGCUGGUGCCAGUCUGUGAUCUCCUCCAGCAGCUACUAUCUGCAAAACAACUUCAUCACAAGACAAACUAUAUGCAUGGUUAUUAUCAUAAGACAAACUGUAUGCAUGAUUAUAGGGCUGUAAAGCAGGAUACAUGGUUAGUUAAUAAAUAUGAGAUAAAUCCAUAUAUACAAUUAUUCCAACAGAUAUUAUUCUCUGUUAUUCAUUUACUUUAUUAAUUUUGAGGGAUUUGACAAAAAAAUAAGGUGAAAAGCUCCGGAAAAAGUUAGUAAGUGAACUUUGAGUUAAGAUAUUUUUUUAUCACUAUAAAGAGAUUUAAUUAAAUCUAAUCUAAAUCUAAUUUUUUAUAAUAUUACACACUAUAAAACUGAACCCCAAUGUUUUGCCUUGUAGUUCAAUUAAUAUGGCAGUUAAUAUUGAUGGAAUUAAGGUAUUUUAAGGAGGUGAUUAAUGAAUAAAUCAAUUGAUUUUGAUUCAUGAAGGUAUUUCUAAUGGAUUAUGUGCAGGGUUUAAAUACUUUAAAGGUGUGAAACAAAAUGACCAAAUAACAUGAAAACCAUCCAUUAUUCACUGAUCAUGUUUUUCAUGUAAAAUUUUUAAUGUUAAAAUCUUAAUUUGUAUAAUAAAAAACAACUAAGUGUAAUCUGUCCCUCCAAGAUGUUUGCGUACAUUCAGUCUGAGGAGCGUGGUGUAGUUCCGUCCCUCCGUCUGUUGGGGCGCUAAAGAGUCUAGACUUGGUUUGUUCGCCGUCGUUACGUUGAAAGAAGAAGAACAACAACAGCAGCAACACGUCGGUCUGUUCGUUCAGAAUUUGGCUUUAAAUUCUUUAUUUUCUGUAGAAAAUGUGUAAAUUAGUUUCCGUUCACCGACUGUUUGUGAAGUUGAGACACUAAAAGAAACGGAACUGUCGCAUGAAUCGAUGAGUUUCACUCUGAACGCGAGUUUUUGUUUCCGUUGAUUAGCAACUAACUCGUUAGCUACUUUAGCCUUUAGCAGUUCCUCGCCGUCUCGGAGCCGCUGCAGCCCGGACAGGGAAUGGGACGAGGAAAGGGACCGACACGGGGCCGACCCCCCAUGGGUGCGCCAGGUGACGACGGACCUCCGUUCGACAUCGGUCCGCCCGGCUGGGGCCCUCCUCCGCCUGGAGGCUGGGGUCCCCCGCCGCCUGAUGGUUGGCCUCCGCCGCCCGAUGAAUGGGGGCCUCCGCCGCCGGGAGGAUGGGGUCCUCCGCCGCCUGGAGGAUGGGGACCUCCGCCGCCUGGAGGAUGGGGACCUCCGCCGCCUGAAUGGGACCCGAGAGGGCCUCCGCCUCCUGGCUGGGGACCGAGAGGACCGCCGCCGCCGGGCUGGGGACCUCAUCCCGACGACUGGCUGCCUCCUCCAGAAGACUGGGGUCGUCACCCAGAUGACUGGAGACCUCCACACCCCGACGACUGGAGGCUUCACCCCGAUGACUGGAGACCGCCCCGCGAAGAAUGGAGACGACUUCCAGAGGACUGGGGACCCGAUAAGCCUCUCCCCCCUCCUGGUUGGGGACAUCCAGGCUGGGGUCCCGAAGGUCCCCCUGAACCGUGGGGACCCGAGCCUGGUCCACCCGCACCUGUGCCACCUGUACCCCCGCCGGUCAUCCCCCCUCCUGUGGCGAUUCCUCCCCCGGACCCCGCAGCCUACGGAGCGGUGCCUCCUGUCCCCCCUCCGAGCUGCGUCCCUCCGUUCGGGUUCCCGGCCUACCCUCCCCCCGGCUGGUCAGGAGAGCCUGUUGUGGAGGAGCCGAUGCCAAACCCGCCUCCGGACCAGCCUGAGUGGAUCAAAGCGUUGAUCUCAGCUCCGGCUUCUGAGGCGACUCCAGGAGAAACUAAGAAAUCCACAGAUGAGUCUCCCGUCACCAAAACACCUGCUGCUGACCCCCCCGCCGCCGCCGCCACCGCUGCUGCUGCUGCCGCCGCCACCGCCCCGAAACCUAAAUCCAAACCCAAACCCGAUCCCAACAAGACCGCCAAGGCCCUCGGCCUUCUGGGAAAACGCACGUUUGAUAAGCCUCCUCCAGGCAGGUCCACAGGGAUCAUCUCCUUCAUCGGGCCGACGUUCGGCUACAUCGAGAGAGAAGACCUGGAGAAGUUCACCUUCAGCUUUGACGCCUUCUUUGGAAACCCCAAAGCCAUGACGCCCGGGGUCAGAGUUCACUUCACCGCCUGCAAAGAGAAGCAGAACAGUCUGAUAGCGACGGAUGUGAAAGUGGCUCCAGGCGGAACAGAGAACGUGGACACGGAGAUCUACGAGGCCGUGGUCAGUCAGCCAAUCACGGAGCCUCAGCCCGGCGAGCGUCAGUACCCCGGUCAGGUCCACGUGAACAUCGGGCCCCUGAGGACCAACCUGACGUUCGACAGGAAGGACAGCACGGUGACGCUCCUGAAGAACGACCAGGUGCUCAUCAACCUGCUGACCGACAUCGUGACCGAGAAGAGACGAGCCACCAACAUCAAACCCAAAAUCCCAGCGACCUUCAGCCACACCAAGGAGGCCAGGCAGAAGGGCGUCAUCAUCAGCCUCAAAGAAAACGAGGGCGUCAUCAAGUCGGACGAACAUGGCGAGCUUCCCUUCGACAUCAAAGAAAACUUCAGUGACGUCGAGUUCACGGCCGAGGACGUCAACGAGGAGGUGGAGUUCACCGUCAUCACGCUGAAAACGGGGAAUCGGGCGAUCCGGAUCCGGCGGGUGAAGGAGCCGCUCCUCCUGACGCUCUGCACCGCCACCGUCGCCUCCUCAGAGGAGGCGGAGUCUGAGGGCGAGAACGCCAACGGGGACAGUGACGGAGACUCGACCAGGUCGCUCAGAGGGAAGGCCAACGUCAAGCUGGACCUGGCGCCCAACAUGAAGCUGGACACGGAGCUGUACGAGGGCAUCGUCAGUCAGCCCAUCAUCGAGCCCACGCCCACCCUGCCAGGUUACCCGGGUCAGAUCCACGCCAACAUCGGCCCCGUCAGGACCAACGUGACCUUCGACCAUCGGGACUGCGGCGUGACGCUGCUUAAGAACGACCACGUGUUGAUCAACCUGCUGGUCGACAUGGUGACGAGGAAGAGGAGGGCGGCCAACAUCAAACCCAAAAUCCCCUUCACCUUCAGCUACACCAAAGAGAAGAGAGAGCUGGGCAUCAUCACGUACCUGGGGGCUGAGGAAGGCAUCGUCAACUCGGAGGAGCACGGCGAGCUUCACUUCGACAUCUGCGAGAACUUCAGCGACACCGAGUUCAACGCCAACGACAUCCACAAGGAGGUGGAGUUCACGACAGGCAUCGUGAGUCUGACGGAGACAGAGCCACACCUGAACCUGAGGACAGGAAGUGAACGAGCCUCAUGUCCUGACGCCGUCGUCUCUGCUCUGUCUCCGCAGGUGAAGUCUGAGAAGAGGGCGAUCAGGCUGAGGAGGACGAAGAGGAUCGAGGACAAAAUCCUGGAGGAGCAAAAGAAACGGGAGGAGGAGGAGAAGAAGAAGAAGCGGGAGGAGGAGGAGAAGAGGAAACAAGAGGAGGAGGAGAGGAAGAGGAUGGAGGAGGAGGAGGAGGAGCGAGAGAAAGAGGUGGAGAGGAAGAAGAAGGAGGAGGUGGCGGCGGCGCUGGCAGCUGCUAAAGACAAAUGGACUCCCCUCGGCUUCAAGACGAGGGACCCCGACACGAUGGACGACAUCAGCAAAGAGCGAUUUGAAGGCACCGUCCUCAGAGCCAUCUCCAAAAAUCCUCGUAAGGAGAUCAAGAAGGAGCCGGCGGAGAACGAAGCGCUGUUCGGACAGGUAAAAGUAAAAGUGGAGAAAAUGGACGAAGACGAGAACGAAGAGGCGGCGGGUAAACCUGACGGAGUGGGAGGAGAGGGGCUGAAGAUGAAGGUGAAAAAGGAGAAGGAGGAUGAGGCGGAGGUGAAGAAAGAGCGGACGGCUGAAGCUGAAGCCAAACCAGACCCAGAGAUGGGCCGACUGGUGAUGACCAUCGACGGGCAACAGAAACAACUCUCCUUCGCUCGCAGAGACCUGCUGACCGCCGCCACCAUGCUGGACGGAGACAAGGUGCGUUUCAACAUCGCCACUCAUCGGGAGACCAAAGAGGAACGAGCGACCUACGUGGAAAUUCUCCCCGACUCCUUCGAAGAGUCGACCGAACAACGUCGACAUGGCAUCGUGAUCGAGUUCAUGGAGAACUCUGGACUCAUCAAGUGCACCCAGAACCCCCAGCUCUUCUUCAACAUGUCGGAGGUGAUCGAGAAGAAGAAACUGGAGCUGAAUGAGAAGGUCGAGUUCAGCGUCGUCCCGCAUGAAACGGCGGAGGGGGGGAACCAGGCCAUCAGGAUAAAACGUUACACCGAGAGCGUUUUCCUCCCCGUUCGGAAACUUGUCGGUGUCGGAGCAAACAAAGGAAAGAUGACCAUCAAGCUGACCAAAGCUUCAGAAGAAACAGAGAAGGAAAAACCAGAGACAGACAAGCUGAAGGUGGUGGUGAAAAAUCUUAGAGCUCAGGACAGCAAGACCAGUAUCGGCAGACGGGAUUACAGCACCACUCGGCGAAGAUAUGGCCGCAGCAGAAGCAGAAGUCGGAGCAGGAGUCGGAGUAAGGGUAGGAGUAGGAGUAAAAGUAGGAGCAAGAGUCCACCUAGAGACCAGUUUGGACGCAUCAUUAAAAGGAGACGCAGCUCCAGCAUUGACCGUGACCGUAAAACCAGCAGGUUCAAGCAAAGCCGAGAGAGGUCACACAGGCGCACCAGAAGUCGCACUAAGAGUCGUAGUAAGAGCCGAAGCCGAAGCCGAAGCAAGACCUCCAGCAGGAGCCGCAGUAGGAGCAGGGAAAGGAGCAAAGACAGGCCUGGAAAGAAGAGGAGCAAAAUCAGCAGAGACCGUGAAGACGGUCACAAGAGGAGGAGGGACCUGAGCCCUCCUCCCAGACGUGGCGGAGUCGUGGAUGACGAGCUGGCGAGGAAGAAGCGGGAGCUGGAGGAGCUGAACGAGAUGAUUGCCUACAAAAAGUCACUGGUGGACAUAGAUCCCAGAGGACUGGACCCUGGACAAAGGACCUGCAUAGACUAUGACCAUGGCAGGAUCGCUGUGCCGCUCACUGAGUACAAACCAGUCCGGUCCAUCCUGAAGAAACGGCCCGAGGGACCUGAGUACCACCAACGUCCUCCUCAACCCUACGAUGAUCCCUAUUAUGACCGGCCAUACAGUCCAUACCAAGAUCGGCGGUACGGUGACUGCUACGGUGGUCCGUACGCCAGCCGUCCCUACGCUGAUCGCCCUUAUGGUGACCGUCCUUACGCUGACCGGCCUUAUGAAAGUCGUCUCUAUGGUGAACCUCCCUAUGCCGGCCCUCCGUCCACCAGCCACCGUUACACUGAUCGCUACGACGUUUACGAUGAACCCUAUGACGAUCGCUACUAUGACCCAGCGUAUGCAGACCGACCUUACGAUGAUCCGUAUCGUCCUGUAAAACGGAGCCAGUCUCCAGAACCUCAUGGUCCCUCGUCUUCUUCACAAUCAGCUGCCUCCACCCAACCUUCGUUGACACAUACUGGCGCCAGUUCAUCCUCCCAACCACCUUUCAGACCUCCUUCUCCCACAGAACCACCUCCUAGAAGCCCUUCUCCCAAACUGAAGAACACAACACCACGUCAGUCGCCUCCUGCUGAGAAACCACCCCUAGACCGUUUUCUUGAUAUGCUCAAUAAAAAGGUGGGUGCUGAAAAGAAAUCAGAACCGGUUCAUGUUAACGAUGACUUACUCCCUCAUGAGCGGGCACUUCAAGAUGGCGUGGGAUUCUCUCGGAUUGUGGGAUUGACUCAAGAGCAACCCAGCAGCAGUCGAGCUCUAGAAGCGGAAAAGAAACAACUGAGCCCUAAACGGUCCUCAGUAGAGAGAACAAGCGAGGAACCAAAGAGUGUGACAGAACCCUACGACAAGAUCCAGAGUCUACUCCGUACGAUUGGCCUGAAGCUGAGUACAGGAGAUGUGUCCAAACUGGCAAGUCGAGCCCAGGAGAAAAUCUACAGCCCAAAGUCCUCAUCCAUAGAAAGAGACACUUUGUCAUCCCCAAGAGAAGACCUACGAACAAGUAGAACAGGUUCAGUUGAAUCUGAACACAUCCACUCCCCCUCCCCUGUCAGGUCCUCCAGUUUGGAGCCGCUCACCAGACAUAAACCUGUCUUGGAGUAUGAAGGGUUCCUGGACCAGCAGGAGUUGGAGGUGCUAAAAAAGGCGCAACAGCUGCAGAGUUUUACCAAGACAAUGGGGAGUACCUGUUCCACCACUUCUCCAAAACCACCUCCUGGCCCCCCACCUGCUCAAUACCAACAUCCACCUAUUCCAACCAGUUGGUCACUGGGAGUCCCCACCCAGGUUCCCCCAGAGGAGUGCUCCAUCAGCCCCACUAUGGGGUCUCCAACAGCUGGUCAAUCACAAAGAUUUGGAUUUCCUCCUGGUCCUCCUCCUGGACCUCCUCCCCGGCGCCUGGGACAGCCUCCUCCAGGACCUCCCCCUGGACCUCCACCCCGGCGCCCUCCUGGUCAACCUUUCACUCCACCCAUCAGUCAAGCAGCUUUACCUUUCCUUGGCCAACCUCCUACAGCUCCAUCCCUUGACUCCUCCAGUCCUUUGCAGCCUUCAACCACUGCCACGGUAAUACUGACGCCACUAUCAUCAACACCGGCAACACUGAGUACUCCAAGCAAUGACCAAUCAGCCAUCUCUACAACUGUGGCCAGAUGCCUGAAGGUUAUAGAGACGGUUAAGUCUCUGGCUGUGCAGCCACCAGCCAAACCAGUCAAAUCAGUCCAGUUCAGUUUACCCACAGAGUCUCCGUCAGUCUCCAGUCUCCAGACCUCAACAGAGACAGACGACGAUAUCAAGGCAAAGCAGAAGGAGAAGCUGGAUUUGUAUAACCAGAGGAUUAUGGAAAAGAGGGAGCAGCAGUACCAGGAGAUGAUAGCCCGCAAGAAACAAGGAGAGAGGAACAAGGAUGGCACACUGAUCUCCCCAGGUAAGCCGAUCAGCAGCGAGCCCAGGAAUGUAUGGAUUUGUGGUCAUUCGCUGGUGUACUGGGCUGAGUCUCGAGCCAAGAGUCCAGAGGUAGGUAUGCAGCUGGGCAUGGACCCCAGCAAGGUGGCCAUCUGGUGGAAGGGCACCCAGGGCAUGACAUGGUCCCAGCUUCUGCCCCAACUCCACCAGUUGAAGGUCACCUGGCCCAACCCAGAUGUCCUCAUCAUGCACCUGGGCGGCAACGACCUUAGUACUGACAGCCCCACCGACCUGCUCGCCUCUGUCAAGAAGGACCUGACUUCCAUGAGGAGUAUCUUCCCGCAGUGCGUUCUAGUGUGGUCCAACAUCCUUCCUCGAAGGGUAUGGCGCCACUCGACCGACAGCCACGAAGUAGAUCUGAUCCGAACCACAGUGAAUCGCAGGAUCCAGAACAUCAUCUUAGAGCUGGGUGGCACUUCGCUUACCCAUGACAACAUCCGUUGCGGUGCAAACACGGGCCUUUACCGGGCUGACGGCGUCCACCUGUCGCCUAAAGGCAUCGACGUUUUCAAUCUGAACCUUCAAGAUUUUCUGGAGAAGUGGGAGAUGGAGGUGAACAAGGCCUCUGAGAAAAGUUAAGAGUAUCACUUAUUUUCCAUCGUUUUUUUAUGUUGAGAGUCCGGCAGAAAAACAAAUAACUGCAAAGACUCCACUCUCAUAAAAGUGCUUUGUUAAAAUAUCCGUCAUACGUUUGUACUUUAAUUUUACCAUGUAGGAACUUACGGUUUUAACUGUUAACUGUUUGUCUGACUUCAAACAAUAAACUCAAUAUCAGCUGA